CGGGUUUAUUAUAUUCUCUUUCUGUUCUUUCUCUGUCUUUUCCCCCCUUCUUCCAACUACGCGCGAUGCAAGCUGGCCUCGCACGCGUCCAUUCUCUAGCCACGGUUGAAUCCGUGUCGGGAUCAGCAUCACCAGCCACGGCGCAAGACGACACGACCCCUGCUCCGGAAGCAGCUGCGACGACAACAAUGACAACGUCUGGUGCCGGUGCCGAUGCUAAGAAACGCAAGGCGGAGGACGAAAACGACGAGGCGCCCGCGCGGAAGCGCGAGAGGGUGUACACCGCAGCGUGCUACAUUUGCCACGGAGGGUACAAGGACCGCAAGACGCGCAACAAGCACGUCGGCAACGCGCGCUGCAUGCAGCGCGCGAUCGCGGCGCGGCUCAUCGACCGGCCCGUCGCGCAGCACGAGCUCGCGCGCAUGAGGGAGUGGUACUGGGCGAACCCGUUCCGCGAGCUGUACGGGUCGCGGUGCAGCAUCGUGCCCGAGUUCCGUGUGCAGGCUGCGCUCAAGGACGCCGGCGCGGUGGCUGGGGGGGCCGCUGGUCCUGCCGGCACGCAUUCCGUGUCCGUGUCCGUCGUGGACCUGGACGGGGACAGGACGACUGGCUCGCCGAGUAGCUCGGAUGCGUCCCCGGUGGCAUCGGCUGGCUCCCCGCGCACGCCGCCGCCUCGACACGGCGCUGAUUAUCUGUGGAACGCGUAUGUCCCCUCUGGUGAUGAAGGCAAGACCGAGCGGGGGAGUUUCCGGCUCACGGAGGACCAUCAUCGCGCUUUGUCUGUUCCAGCACCGCUUCGGACACCCAAUCGGGCACAGGCGCUGCCACUGCCUGCCGCUGGUAUCCCCAGGCAAACGACUUCGGCGGUGCAUGAGAGAGCCACGGCCCGCAGCGUAGCGCGUAGUUCUGCUGCUCCACCUGCCUCCGGUCCACUCGAGCUGACAUCGACGACUCGUCUCGUUCGGUCAGACUUUGAGGACGCGCUGUGGUCCUGGGAGAUGACUCGAUCGAGUCAAUUCGAUAACGACUGCGCUCUUCAGCCCGUUUCCGAUCCUCUCCAGGCGUUCCUGGACUCCCUUACGUGCACGAUCCCCGACGCCCCCAGUACGAACGACCUUCCGACAAACGAUUCUCUGAGUUUUCCGUGGAAGACCGAGGAUUCAGUCGAUUAUCCCGCUCCAGACUACUCGGACUGGGAUCCGUUGACGUGGAUGAGUCAGAGCAACGCCGCAGGUCUAUGAUCUGGAUUCAUUCUGACGACCGAUUACGACUUACUGUAUCCUUUAACUCUCCAUUACGCACGCCAUAAUCUAUCUACAUC